AUGGCUACAUCAGUUACCGGUAAUUUGCCCUUUAUCCACGACUCUCGCGGCUACGGCCCGCCGCAUGCAGAGCCGCGAUACGCAUCUCCCAAUGUCAUCAAUUCUUACUCGCCUCUCGGCCAUCAGCCUCCGCAGUACCUCCUGCCUCUGCAGCCGCAAUCUGACCCCCGAUCUUCGGCCUAUCCUCCUCCACCGCCGGACCAACGAGGUGACAAUUACGAUGACCGCCGUCUACCAUACGAGCAACAGCCCUAUGACAAGGAUCCCUAUUAUGCCUACUGCCGUGGACAGCCUCCUCAAGGACCUCCACCACCAAAUGGCUACCCGGGCUACCCUGCUGGUGUCUAUAAAUACCCUCUGGUCAGAUACGGCCGUGCGCCUUUACGGCGAAAACGAAUAUCAAUUGCUUGCAAUCAUUGCCGGAAGAGAAAGAUCCGCUGCAGCGGCCGUCAGGGCGCCCUCGGUAGCAAGUGCCAGAAUUGCGCCCUCAUGAACCAGGAAUGUAUCGUUCAACCCGUACGGUGA